AGAGAGAGAGAGAGAGAGAGAGAGAGAGAGAGAGGUCUUAGAGAUAGAGAGAGAAUGGGAGGUUUCGCUUCCUGCAUCCGCAUCCCCAUCCCCAUCAGCAUCCGCCCUGCUCAGAAAGCCGACUACGCUCGAGUGAUCCACCUCAAUGGCUUUGUCGAGGACUUUCCUGCCCCCACCCCCACCGUAAUCCAGAUCACCGGCCCGGCACCCAAGCACUUCCUCUGCUCCUCCGCCCGCCUCCGCGCACUCAAUUCCGAUCCCCUCCCCCUCACCACCCACCUCAACCCUGGCGAGCUCUAUUUUCUCCUCCCCCUCUCCGCCUUCCAGUGUGGGGCCUCUCCUAUCGAUUUGGCCGCCCUCACAGCUCGCCUCGGCGUCAAGGCAUCCCGAAGCCGGCGACCGCAUACCAUUUCAUCUCCUGUAUCUCCUCUUAGGUUGCAGAAGACCCCCACCAGUUGCGGUGGCUCUCCGAAGUCAGAUAUCGGCAUGCCGAGCACUUUGAUGCAGCAGGUGAUGAGUAGAGAGCGGUCGUGGAGGCCGGUGUUGGAGAGCAUAGAGGAGAGAUCGUUUGGCCGCAAGGGAUCGAGUUAGUUCAGAGAGAUAUUACAGAGAUUCGAUCGAGUUAGAGCACAUUUUAAAGAUUCGGCUUGUCGACUCAUAUUCUCGGGAUACUAGGACCGGUUUGGGUUGGCCCAAACUCGACGCAGUCUUCUCGAGGCCAAUCGGUUGCGAACCAUUUUGAAGUUCAAGAUUUUAAAUUGUAAUCCGAAUUGACUCGGUGAAGGAGUCAACUAGGGCGGUUCCUGGUUUAAUUCCCGUUUUUAAACUGUUUCACUGUGAGAUACAACGAGUCAUGCACGUUUUUAGUCAGGCUCGUGUUGCGAUAUGCCUUUUCGAGGCCUUUCUAG